UAUGGGAAUUAAUUAAUGCAGGUAUGGAAGAAAAUGAUCGAACAAAAAAGCCAAAUACGCGAAGUCGAGUAGAAGAAUUAACACAUCAAUUUGAAAAUAUUGGUGUUAAUCUUCCAAAAAUACA